GGUUCAGGGCGCGGCUCAGAAACACUCAGAGAAAAGAGGACUUUAAUAACUCUACGGAGUAUCUACUAUCCAACACUCAUCGCUACAUCAACAUGAAGAGCGUGCUUAUACGUGUUCUUUUCUUAUUAUUUGCGACCGGUGUGUUUGGUGAUGCAGAGAAAGUGUCAGUCAUUGAGGGAGAUUCUGUCACUUUACACACUGCUGUUACUGAAAUACAGAGAGAUGAUGAGAUAGAAUGGAGGUUAAAUGGAUAUCGCAUUGCUAAAAUCAGUGAUGACUCCGUCAGAACUGAAGGGGCAUUCAGAGACAGACUGCAGCUGGACAAUCAGACUGGAGAUAUCAAGAUCACAAACAUCAAAACCACAGACUCUGGAGAAUGUAAACUACAGAUCAUCAACAACAGUGGGUCCUCAGAGAAGAUAUUCAGUGUCAGUGUUCUGUCUGAUGUUGAUGAAGUGAAGUCAGUGCCACUGAUAGUGGGAGAUUCAGUCACUCUAAACUCUGGUACUAUUAUACAGAGAGAUGAUGUGAUAGAGUGGAGGUUUGGAGAUCUAAACUCUCUUAUAGCUGAAAACAAUAGAAAGACUGGAAACUUCUCAACAUCUGAUGGUCCUGAUGGGAGAUUCAGAGAACGACUGCAGCUGGACUAUUGGACUGGAUCUCUGACCAUCAUGAACAUCGGAACCAAAAACUCUGGAUUUUAUGAAGCUGGUAUUAGGAAAAGCAGCAGCGGACACACCAUACACAAGUCAUACAACGUGACUGCCAGCGGUGAAGUGAAUUCAACACUAUCAGUGAUGGAGGGAGAAUCUGUCUCUCUAAACUCUAGUCUCACUGAAAUACAGAAAGAUGAUUUAAUGCAGUGGAUGUUUGGAGACUCUCAAAUAGCUGAAAUCUAUAAAGCAGACGAUCGAUUCUCCACAUCUCAUGGUCCUCAUGACAGACUGAAGCUGGAUCAUCAGACUGGAUCUCUGACCAUCACAAACACCAGAUUCACAGACUCUGGACUCUAUGAACUGAAGAUCAGCAGCAGCAGACGCACUAUACACAGGAGAAUCACUGUUACUGUCACUGAUCCAGGUCUGUCUACUGGUGCUAAAGCAGCGAUCGGUGUUGUUGGUGUUGUUAGUAAUCUGCUGGUGGCUGGGUGUGUAGGUGCUGCUGUUGUGAUUUACCAGCGCCACAAGAACUCUAAACUAAAAGAUCAAGCACGGAUUGAUAAAGGGAGGAUACUGUCAGUGAUUGAAGGAGAAUCUAUCACUCUAAACCCUGAAGAUACUAAAUUACAUGAAGAUACUAAAGUACAUAAAGACGACAAAUUACAGUGGAUAUUUAGAAGCUGUUGUAUUGCUGAAAGGGAAAGAGCUGCUGAUAGUUUUACUGUAUAUGGUGAUCGUCCUGAUGGGAGAUUUAAAGACAGACUGAAGCUGAAUCCUCAGACUGGAUCUCUGACCAUCCCAAACACCAAAACCAUAGACACUGGAGUUUAUGAACUACUGAUCAUCAGACCGGGAAAGAGCUCAAUAAAGAGAUUCAAUAUUUCUGUCUUUGUUAAGCCAGAUGAAAUAGAGACCAAGUCAGUGGAGGAGGGAGAAUCUGUCACUCUGAAGACUGAUGUUGACGUACAGAAAGUUGAACAGACUCUGUGGAAGUUUGGACUAUACACUCGGUUAGCUGAAAUCAGAAGAGGAGCCAAGAAAAUCUCACCAUUUACUGCUGUAAUUUUCCAAGAUAGACUGGAGAUGGAUGAUAAGACCGGAUCACUGACCAUCAAGGAGAUCAAACCCACAGAUGCUGGAAUUUAUAUGCUAUACAUAAUUGAAGAAGAUCUCAAAACUAAAUUAUUCAGGGUCAAAGUCGAUCCCACUGAAAACAGAAAUAACUCUAUGAAGAAAAGUGUGAGAAAAUCCAGUCAAAUCAGUAACCCAGAGGAGGAAAGUGUGAGAAAAAGUAACCCAGAGGAGGUGCCUUUGAGGAGUGUGUAGACGUUCCCUGACUCCGGACUGUGACAUUAUCAACAUUCAAAAUCAAUAUAAAUCUGAUUUAUCCUGAAGUCUCUAAACCCCGUAUGAAGGAGAUCUAGCUGUGUGUGUGUGUGUGUGUGUGUGUGUGUGUGUGUGUGUGUGUGUGUGUGUGUGUGUGUGUGUGUGUGUGUGUGUGUGUGAGAUGCUGAGCUG